CUACAACUCGGUCUCCGAUUUUAUUCGAUUUUUCAACUUUGGAAAGUGGGAAAAACGCGUCCCUUUUUGACAGAAACGAUAAUCUAAUAAAUCCACAUAGCUACGGAAAUUGGAGAGAAAUCUGCGGAGAAAUGUUCCUAUUUGGGAGGGCCAUAGUGACUUGGGAAGCAAACGUGAGGUCUUGUUUCAGCAUCCAAAUGAAGCCGCUGGCGUUUGAAACUUCCGCGAAAUUCGACUGUUUUAAAGCAUUCACUAAACAGGAAGUGUGGCAGCACAAUUUCAAUUACUGGACGUCUGGCCGCCGGCUUUUCGACAACAAUACCUUCCGAUGGGGCUAUUACACCAAUUCCGAACCAUUUCCGGACUUUCCCUCCAGCCAGGGUCCACACUGCGUCCACAUUGCGCUCGUGAAAAACAACAAAACGGAGCUGACCCAGAAAAACUGCUCCAACACCUAUGUUUUAUCCUGCAAGGGAAAAACGACGCCUGCUCCACCAUGUUUUCUGCCAAGCUGCCCAAAUGUUUCCUGCGCCAAAGAUUUUUCCCUUUAUUCGUCUGCACCGGACUCUUCGUUUAAAUAUCUAACAGAUCCCAAAAAAUUUGGAACUUGGAAAAAUAUAAAGUUUCGAACGUUUAUGUUCAGUCUUUCUGCGAAAUCGUGGUUUCAAGCCAUUUCCUUUUGUUGCUCGAUUGGAAUGAAGUUGCUCAGCCUCGACGUUGAUUACAAAUAUGACGGAUUGUCUAAAAUAAUAGGGGAUCAGUUGAAUCUAUCGGGGAAAUACUGGACUUCCGGAACGGACAACGGCUGUUCCGGAACGUUCGCUUGGUGUGCUGUCAACAAAAAAGUGCGAAACGCGAUUUGGGGCAGCGGAGAGCCGCAAUUAUUGGGAGGCAGCAAAUGCUUGACUGUCGACGCCAGUGGAGCCAACGCCACGCUUUCCACAGAGUUUUGCGAUAAAAAUUUACAAUUUAUUUGCGAAGCUAGGGACACUUUAAACGCGUCAACCCACGGAAGAGCUUUGAAAGACGAGUGUGCUGCCAAUUUCAACGUUUCGAUUUUGGAGCAGGACAACAUUUUCAACAACACAAAAUUUGACGUCAAGAUCAAAUGUUUCUUGAAAUGCUUGAGCGAGAAUGGAGGGCUGUUUCUGAACGGUCGUUUCGUGGACGAGCAACUGAUUAAAAUAGUCGAGCUGAUCUCCACGGACCACACCCAGAUGAUGGACGAUUUCAAAGUCGUGGACGAGUGCUCGCACCUGCAGGGAAUGGACGAAUGCGACACGGCAGCCAUGGUUUGCCAGUGCGGACAGGAAAAGGCGCCCACCUUGCUGGCAAACGUCAUCAAAGUCGUCGAGUUGAACUCUUCUGGAGAAGAAUCUCCGCUGAAACCGACCAUGGGCCAAUGCUAUAACGACUACCCCUGCGUCUUAAACGAAUCACUCAGAACCAUUUUUCGCACGAAUGGCCCAACUACAGACGGCGGAUUGAUCGCGGACAUUUGUGGAAAGCGCUAUCUCAUUGGAAAUAAAAUAACUUUUGUGCGUGAUGCCGCGUCUUGGUGCUGCCAGUACGGACUUAAUUUAGUUUCCCUCGAAACGGUUGAAGAACUGAAAUGCAUAGUCGCUGCACCAUUAGGAGGGAUGCCCAGACCCAUGAAGCUUUGGCUCUCAGGAAGCAGAAAAGGAACGGCGGAUAACAGUUUUCGUUGGUGCACUUCCAACGCCGAAUUCAACAACUCGCAGUGGCCGUGGCUUGGUAUCGACAAAUACCCGUUCCUCUCCGUCUUGUCUUUGUUUCUCCAACCGACAUUCAAUGCAACUUAUUUGAACGUCGAGGGAGACGAACUCAAAUGCUUUGCGUUCUGUGAAGAGUUACCUGUGUGAUAAUGUGA